AUGGAGCAAAGACAGCCUCAGGUGGAUGCCUUACAAGCAAAGCUUACAGAGGUAAAAGCUUUUGUAGACUCUAAGGAAGAUGCAAAAAAGGAACUAGAAGUUCUUUGGCGAAGGAUUAAAACUACAUCGAUGUUGCUUACGUACUUGAAAUCAAAAGCAAGAAUCAUGUCUAUUCCACGUUUAGCUCAUACUUCAUGUGGGAUCAGACAUCAAGAAGGGGUAGGUCUUGUUGACAAAAAUGACAUAAUGGAAGCACUUGUGAAGCGGGUUAUCAUGGCUGAAACUGAAACAGCAAUUCAGAAAGAAAAGGUUACUUUAGGUCAGGAAGAGAUUAAAAAGAAGGCUCUUCAAAUUGAAAGCAUGUCAGUGAAGGUAGAGGAGAUGGAAAGGUUUGCGCUAAUGGAAGCUCUUGUGAAGCGGGUUCUUUUUUUCUUUUUUCCUCUUGUGUCGUCCUCUUCUUUUUCCCCAUUAGAGAUUUAG